UUCUGUAUGAAGCUUGUAUCUCUGUAAAAUGUACUAAUUGAAGUGAACAUUUGAAAACAAAGGCCACGAUUGCAUGACUAAAAAACUGAAUUGAAGGAUAUCGUUGGAGCUGAAAGCGGUCGUUAGUUACCUCUUGUUUAGUAGAGGAUAAUCGCUCGUGUUUAAAGCUUUCAAAUAUAUAUCUUCUCGAUUUGAUAAGUGGUAAGACGACAUUCGGAUGAUAUAAUUUACGAGGACAGUUUGAGGACAUUAUGCAUGUCAAAUGAGGUCUUUGGCAUACAGUAAUAGAUGAUUAAUAGACGUCCAAUGUCAAUGAAAUGUGCAAGAUCGGCUUAAGACAAUGUUGUACAUAUGACAUGCAGGGUUAGGUUGGUACAAAUAUUUAAAGAAUGUCUCAAGACGAAAACUACAAGUGUACACUAGACGAUAAAAGCUUACAGAAAGCAAAAAGGGAACUAAAUGAGGACCCAAAGGAAAGAGUCGGGGCGUUAAAGGCAUUGAGUGACUGGGUUGCUCAACAAAAAUGGUUACAAUCGCCAACAGAUGCACGAUAUUUGCUUGGGUUUUUGCGAGCGAGAAAAUUCAGUCAGCUUGGAGCACGAGAACUUUUGGAAAACUACUGGACAGUAAGAACAAAAUAUUCUGACUGGUACAAUGGAGUGAGUACUUCAGAUAACCGAAUACAAGACAUUAUCAAACAAGGCGUUUAUAUUCCACUUCCUGGACGAGAUAGAGAAGGGAGAAAACUCGUUAUAGUUAGACUUGGUGCAAUGGACCCAAAAGGUAAAGUAAACACGUUUGAGGACGUGAUGCGAGCUAAUCUGGCCUUGUUUGAUUAUAUUUUACUCGACGAAAACAUUCAAGUGAACGGACUGGUAUUUGUGAUAGAUAUGACAGGGUUUUCCAGGCAUCAUUUUGUCUCGACUGGAAUGGAAAAUACAAAGAAAUGCAUGAUUGUUACACAGAAGGCGUUGCCUGGACGAAUAAAAGAGUUGCAUUAUUAUAACACUGGUGCAGUUUUCGAAAGUAUUUUCAAUAUGAUCCGGCCUAUGAUGAGCGAGAAAUUGAGAAACAGGGUGCACGUACACGGACAAAAUUUAUCGUCUGUAUAUGAUAAGAUAGACAAGUGUAUGUUACCAGAAGAAUACCUACCAGACGAUUAUACAGGAGCAAACGCUGGAACAAUACAAGAAAUAUGCAAUAAUUUAGCCACAGAACUUUGUAAACCUGACGUUAAAGACUUCAUUCAGGAAUUACAUAGUGGAAAAUAUGGAGUUGAUCUUUGCUUAAAGCCACAAGACGAUUUGCCGCAGGCGUCCUUCAGAAAACUCAAUGUUUCUUGAGGCUAUUGUGUCAUUAAAUUGAUUUCAUAAACUUCUGUGAUUGCCUGACAUGGCUUUUUUCAUCGCAAUGUUGCUGAACAUCAUCGCUAUAUUGCUCGACGCUAUCGCCAUGUUUCUCGACGCCCUUGUCAUAUUGCUUGAUGAAUUGUCGUGUUGAUCCGCGUCAUGUUGUUCAUUGCCAUUGCCACGUUGCUCCUGAAGACAUCAGAAUAUUAUUCUGGGCAAUUAUUGUUGGAAAUUUCCAAUGAAAAGUGAACGAGACCAAACACACGUGUAGUCCAGAGAUAAAUGCGUAUGAUAUAAUGCGUCACAGCAUAUAAAAGUUUUCCUUCUACGAUUUUCUUAACAACAUGUUUAAACAGUAUCUAUUUAUUAUUACUACACAGACAUUACAGUGUCCAGUCCUUUACUUGUGAAAUCGUAGAAUGUUUUCAUAAUACGAUUAGUAAAUAUCAUGUAGUGUUGGCAAUGGCCGUCGGUUCGUAGUAAGUUGUGAUAGACAAAGUUGCUCACCUAAUGAUUUUCACCUGUCUACUCUAGGUCAAAUAAUUAGAUAAUUUUAAAUGUUUAAGUGGAAUUGUUAUAAUUAUUGAUAGAAGAUAUCGUAUCUACACUAAGUAGGUACUUUAUUUAUUUCUAUUUUAAGCAUUUUAUUUAUAAGUAAAGGGAAACAUUAGACACUUUGUUCCCUCUGUUCAUAAAUAUGUCGUACACUUUUACUGACCUUCCGACACACAUUUCGGGUUCAAGCCAAAACAUUUUGGCAUCUUGUAACAUUAUAUUGCCCCUUCAUAACUGUUAUCAUUUCAUGAUAUUUAUCAGUAUCGGAUGAUGCUUUGAAAAUGUCAUUAUUUACCAUUAGAGAGUUACCAAGACACCAAACUCUCCUGUCAAAUGACUUUCGACUGCAUCAAUAAAAUGUUUCAUCAACACUCAUGGACAGAUGAAUGUUCUACGAAAAACUCUAGGAAUUAAAUCUUGAUGUAGAAGGAGAGUUCGAUACAUUGUAGAUGAUAAAUGUGAUAGUGUUAUACAAUGUAGAUAAAGAGCCGUUUACAUCAAGUUAAAUUGUUUAUACAGUGUUGUCUAGAAACAACCAGUGCACAUAGUCAUUGGAGAGAACUAGGUCUAAGAAAAUUCUUCUGAGAUAUCAUGUCAUUAUAUCUAAUAUUUGUAGUCUUGUAUCUAAGCGAAAUUUUUAGAUUUAGAUUACACGUAUAAUGACAUGUUUUAUACUUUCAAAUUUUGUAUUCCUCGUAAACAAAAUUUAGCAGAUUUGCAACAACUCCAAAGUUCCAGUAAAAAUAAAAAUACAUGUAAUGCAGUGAGCUUCUUCCGUCUUCGGACGGAGGAAAACAGUUUGAAGUGAUCAAGUUUGAAAUCACCUUUUGAGUCAGUCUGUUUCUUAUACCGCCUGGUUAUCUGUUUGUUUUUUAAACAAUAUACUCAACUGUUCUUUAGAAUACGGCCAAGCUAGAAAGCAGCAAAUUUUGUGCAAUACCUUUAUCAAGUUCACUAUAUAUAUUAUGUUUGGUUGCAGACUUCAAAAGCAAAGUUUUUACUGUAAAAAUUGUUUAUUCGCAUAUUUCAUGUAAAGUUUGCUUACGAACAGCUAGUGUUAAGGUAGUUGUUUGAGUUUGAUCAAUAUUUUUUCUACAAUAUACCAUUUAGUCGAAUUAUGAUUUGUAAAGUAAAUAAUAAUCACACCAUGAGAAAACUAACAUAGUGCAUUUGCGACCAGCAUGGAUCCAGACCAGCCUGCGCAUCCGCGCAGUCUGGUCAGGAUCCAUACUGGUCGCUAACGGUUUCUCUAAUUGCAAUAGGGUUUGAAAGAGUAUGGAUACUGACCAGACUGCGCCGAUGGUCUAGAUCCAUGCUGGUCGCAAAUGCACUAUGUUGGUUUUCUCAUGGUGCGGCUCAAAUGUAAAGAUGAUGUCAUGUGCUUGACUUUUUGCUCGACUGAUUUGAAGUUAUUGAGCAAGUUGUCAUAAUAAGAGACUACGUAAAAAUCUGUACUUUGAUGACAAAUUCAUGACUUUUGUAUAGAGACACUCCAUCCUUGCAUAACUCAAUGAAACUUGCAUCUUUUGUAAAGUUGUACAUUUUCUGUCAUAUAAUGUCAAAUAAGAUAUCUAGGUUCCUCGCUUACUUCUGAGAUAAUUUCCUACGAUUAGAAAGAAUCCCAGACUUGAAUCCAACUUUUAAUCAGUAUUUGAAAAAAAAACAGUUUAUAAUAUCUAAUCUUUAGAAAGAUGAUGAAUAUUGCUAGUUUUAUUAGUUAAGACAAGGGUUUAUUCGUUUUUCAUAAGCCUGACCCAGGUUUUAUUCUAGGGUACACGGGCCACGAUUGUGGUGUCAAAUAUGCGGAACUUUCUUUGCUUUAUCCGUGAAUGGAUAUAGUAUGAGUGAAGUUUAUAUGUACGGGAUAUUGUCCUACUAAAAUCUUGAUGACAGCUUCUAUUACCUUAUGAUCAAUGGAUAGAUAAAAUCUUGCUAUCUGCCAGUUUCAACUUUGCAUGAUUCGUAUGGGACGGAUAAAGUUCGAGUAAGUCUUGGUGUUAGGUAGUAUUAUUUAUGAAUUAUUCGUUUAUGGAUAAAGUUCGAGCAAGUAUUAUUCGAUUACGGAG